AUGUCUCUUUUAUCCGGUACCAUACAACCUCCCCUCCUCUCUUUAUUCUCUUCCACCUCCCAACCCCCCUUGACAACAUUCUUCACCCAUCUUUCCCCCUUACAUCCGAAAGAAUCAUUUAUAACUCUCCUCCCUGACUCUUCCACCUCUUCACGAUCAAAAUAUCAUCACGUACCACGUCAUCCUACACCUGGUACAUUAUCCGAACCAGUGAUACAUAUCCAAAGUCCAACUCUCAAUAAAACCUACAUACAAUCUGGUUCUUCCAAAACCUCUUUUACCCAGAAUCGUAUAAAACCAUUAGGUAUCGAAUUACCUUUCAUCACUUUCCAAUUUCGUCCUCUUGGGAAAAGACAUGUUUGUUUUGAAAUAGGCUUGGUGGAUACUAAAGGAUUAGAGGGGGUUGUAAGGAUAUCGAGUUUUCAGAAAGAUCCAAAGGUUUAUUCAGAGAGAAGGAUUCCGAUGAUACAGUUACCAUUGAAGUUACCGGUGGGAGGAAGGACUAUGUUGACGCCUUGGACAGAGAUGGUUUUGGAUUUGAACUUGCUUUUGGGGUUGUUUCAAACUUUACCCAGGACCAACAACGAUGAUGAUGAAGAAAGUGGGCUAGGAGGAAUGAGGACCAGUAAGGAAGAAACACAACUUCCAAGUGGGAAAUUAGCAAGUGUUUCAUAUGUCAGAGUAUAUGCCAAUUGCAGAUUGAGAAGAAUAUGGUUUGUGAGUUGUCUCCCUGGGUCCAGAUAUGCAGAUUGA